AUGGACACAAAAUCCACGCAGCUUUCGGUGGUUGGGACGAUCAUGGAACAGUUCAAUCCCAGCCUCAGGAACUUCAUUUCCAUGGGGAAGAACUACGAGAAAGCCUUGGCAAGUGUGACCUACGCGGCAAAGGGAUACUUCGAUGCUCUGGUUAAGAUGGGGGAGCUGGCCAGCGAAAGCCAAGGCUCUAAGGAACUGGGGGACGUGCUGUUCCAGAUGGCAGAAGUUCACAGGCAAAUCCAGAACCAGCUGGAAGACAUGCUGAAGUCCUUUCACAACGAGCUCCUCAUACAACUGGAGCAGAAGGUUGAGCUGGACUCCCGGUACCUCAGUGCUGCACUGAAAAAAUACCAGACAGAGCAGCGGAGCAAAGGAGAUGCGCUGGAGAAGUGCCAGGCAGAGCUGAAGAAACUUCGCAAGAAGAGCCAAGGGAGCAAAAACCCGCAGAAGUACACGGACAAGGAGCUGCAGUAUAUCGAAGCCAUCAGCAACAAGCAAGGCGAGCUAGAAAACUACGUCUCCGAUGGCUACAAGACGGCGCUCACAGAAGAGAGGAGGAGGUUCUGCUUCCUGGUUGAGAAGCAGUGUGCCGUGGCCAAAAACUCCAUCACCUACCACGCCAAGGGGAAGGAGAUCCUGACACAGAAGCUCCCGCUGUGGCAGCAGUCUUGUGCCGACCCCAACAAGAUCCCGGACCGGGCCAUACAGCUGAUGCAGCAGAUGGCUGCCAGCAGCAACGGGACCAUCCUGCCCGCCCCUCUGUCGACAUCCAAAUCGAACCUCAUCAUCUCGGAGCCCAUCCCUGGUGCCAAGCCGCUCCCGGUCCCACCAGAGCUGGCCCCGUUUGUUGGGCGAAUGUCAGCGCAGGAAACCAUCCCCGUGAUGAAUGGUGUCUCGGGCCCUGACAGCGAGGACUACAACCAUUGGCCGGAGAGGAAGCCGGCCCAGUCAAAGCCCUUGUCUCCCCCACAGCCCCAGAAGCUGAGCGACUCCUACUCCAACACGCUGCCCGUGCGCAAAAACGUCCAGCCCAAAAACAGUUAUGCAGCAACUGAGAACAAGACUCUGCCGCGCUCCAGUUCCAUGGCCGCCGGGCUCGAGAGAAACGGUCGGACACGAGUACAAGCCAUUUUCUCUCACGCUGCCGGGGACAACAGCACCCUCCUGAGCUUCAAGGAGGGGGAUCUCAUCACACUCCUGGUGCCCGAGGCCCGGGACGGCUGGCACUAUGGAGAGAGCGAGAAGACAAAGAUGAGAGGCUGGUUCCCCUUCUCGUACACGCGGGUUCUGGACAGCGAUGGGAGCAGCAGAGUUCACGCCAGUUUGCAGCCCGGGAAAAGCAGCAGCACAGGCAACCUGCUGGAUAAGGACGACAUCGCCAUCCCGCCGCCGGACUACAGCAUGUCCUCACAGGGCUUCCCCCCCCAGAACGCCAACGCUUUCAAGCAGCGGCCGUACAGCGUGGCAGUGCCUGCCUUCUCCCAGGGCCUCGAUGACUACGGGACAAGAUCUGGUAGCAGAAACCCUUUUGCCAACGUCCAGCUGAAACCCACGGUGACAAACGACAGGUCGGCUCCCCUCCUCAGCUGAGUCCUGGCAUCAGGAGACAGCCAGCGCCUCCCCCAGCCGUGCCGGACAUGGGCUGUAUCCUCGCCGCUGCUUGCAUGUCCGUCUGUCCAGACCUGCCGUCUCCGGCCCUUUGGUUUCUGGUUCUUCUAACCUGCUGCUUGAAAGCAGAAAGCGAAAGCCUUAGCCCCCGACUCUCUCUCUCUCCCCUUUAGAUCCAGUGCAGUCUCACCUCCACGACGAGGGGGUAUCUCGGGUCUGUCCUUUGCAUGUCAGGACGUGCCACAGCAGUGCAGGUCCUCAGCAAGCUGCUGCAUGCUACAGCUCCAUGCCUGUCCCCAAGCUGGAAAGCUAAAGGCCAGAAAGAGUGGCCUUGGCCCAGGCACAGGCCUCGGGAGAGGAGCCACGCUCGGUGUAAUAGUGAGACCUCCGUGCAGCCACGAGUGUGCGCCUAGACUCUCCUGAGUGGGGAUUGCUACCGUGGCUUCUCUGCCGCCCUCCUACCAUCUCGGCAAAGGCUGGGUCUUUGCUCCUAGCGGAGGGACACGCGCUGCAUUUAGCUUGUUCAGGUGCCUUUAGAGCUGCUUUGGGACGGCUGCAGCCCCCAGCCCUACAUGAGCCCCCCACGUCAGGGGGGAAACACAAGGGGAGCAGGACGACGGGGGCGAGGAGAGGCAGGAGGAGCCUGCCGCAGCCCCCGGCUGAAUGGAGCUAGUGUCAAUGACUGAAGGGAGAUGCUAGCUCCGGCUGCCCGUCCUGCCCCGGCCUCUGGGACGUGAGCAUUUUAAUCGCCCGUCCUGGUAGCUACAACCUGGCACGUGGGUAAGAUCGGCCGUGCAGUGCCCCAGCAGACCGCCCCAGAGGGUGGGUUUGGGGGGCGGGGAGUGACGGGAGCAGAGACUGCAGCACUGGUGUUAGUGCAGAGCCCCCGGCCUCUUCCCCACCCGUGCACCGCUGAGACGGGGAGCUGGAGAUUGCUGCCGGCUGCAUUUAUUAUUGAGGUCCCUGCUACUCCUACCCGUCCUGGCUUUGGCAUUGCUGGCCACAGGCUUCUCCCAGCUCAGCGGGGGUGUGGGUGCAGGUCCCAGCACCUCAAGUCACUCCCCCAAGGGAGAGAACAGGGAAAAGCAAGUGCCUGGCAUUUCUGCCCUGCUUUUGGAGCACGGGGGUCCCUGUCGGGGACCUGCCGCCUGCCCCGUGGUGGGGCAGCACCCUCGCAAGACGCUGCCUUUGCCAUGGUGCUUGUUAGCACUUGUGCAUUGCUUUGAGCCUAGAGGAUGCCCUGCUCCAUGUCUGGGUCUCUUCUGGGCAGUAGUUUUAGUCUGCAACAGAGCAGCAAAGGGCCGCGAAUGCCACGGUCAUGCUCUGUUUUAUAUAAAGGAAAGUCUCUGUUACACGGAUCACUGAUGCUGGCUAUCUCAGCCCCUCGCUGGCCUGGAGAAGGGCUUGUUUCUGCAGAUGCCAGACCUGCACAUCUCGGCCCUGGGCCCGGCCUGGGUGCAGGGACGCGCAGCUGGCUGUCGGACAGUGUUAUCCCUGCCUCCUGCCACCCCUCCAUGCUGCCACCCCCAUCAAGGCACUUGCCUUGUGCUGCACUGGCCCCUUUCCCCAUGCCACCUGACACAGAGCCCCAAAUCUGCAUUGUCCUAGUGCAUUAGUUGGGCUGCACCUGGGGCUCCUGGCUGCCUUCAUUGGGCCCCAGAGGCACCAAAAACCCUUAUGCAAAAAGCUGGGCUGGAGGAACAUCCCAGGGACGCAAAGCCCAGCACCGUUCCCCUCACUGCAUGCCCCCAUCUCCCACCUCCGUGCCUUUGCCCAGUGCUUGGUGCUGCCACGCACAGCACAGAGGGAGCACAGCUGGGGCUUGCAGCUGUCGGGGAGCAGCGAGGGGGCUGCUCACGGCUCCGCCCCCCCCACCCAAGGGAGUGAGGAGCCUGGUGAGGUCCCAGGGGACUCUGGACUCCUAGCCCAAGGCUAUGGGUGCUUGCAUGGGGGCUGCUUCAAUGCUACAUCCCUGCGCUGCCCCAUCUCGCGCCCUGCUUGAGCCCAGGGCAGCCUGCUAGGGAGGGGGCUGCUUAGCAAGCCCUCCGCGCCCAGCCCAGCUGCUCUGCGGCCUCACACUGCUGCCCUGUGCUUUGGAGCCCGAGAGUGGACGCCAUGCACAGCCUGAGACAAUGAUGCUGAUAAUGUUGUGCUGGAAAUGUAAUUUAUGAGCAAUAAAAGUAACACGCCACCGCCA